AUGUACAUGUCUGAAAAACCCCAACCACCGCAAGAAUCCGCCAUCGAUUACUACACCACCGCCACCGGCGGCAAGCAGGAAUCUCCGCACCGCAACAGUAACAUGAUCAUCCACCUCAGCCCCCAAUCCCACCUCCAGCAAUUCCCCGACGGAGCCGCCGCCACCCCCACUGCCGGAGACGACACCGCCGCCAACAACCAGACCUCGGCCAACCCGGCAUCCUCGGGGGGCCCCAAGAAACGGGCCGAGACGUGGGCCCAGGAGGAGACGCGGGCCCUCAUCUCCCUCCGCAAAGAAAUUGACAUGCUGUUCAACACAUCGAAAUCGAACAAGCAUUUGUGGGACAGCAUAUCUAUGAAGAUGAGGGAAAAGGGGUUCGAUAGAUCCCCAACGAUGUGUACUGAUAAGUGGAGGAAUUUGUUGAAGGAGUUCAAGAAAGCCAAACAGAAUAACCCAGAUGGGGGUGUUUGUUAUAAGAUGUGUUAUUACAAGGAGAUUGAUGAGGUUAUGAGUGAGAGAAAUAAAAAUGGUCCAAGUUGGAAAAGUUCUGAGAUUUUGAACAAUGCCUGUGCUGGGUCUGGUGGUUCUAAAGUGGAUUCCUUUUUGCAGUUUGCUGAUAAAGGUAUUGAUGAUGCCAGUCUUCCCUUUGGACCCGUGGAAGCUAAUGGAAGGUCUACCCUUAAUUUAGAAAGAAGAUUGGAUCACGACGGACAUCCUCUUGCCAUAACUGCUGCUGAUGCUGUUGGAGCUAGCGGGGUUUCUCCAUGGAAUUGGAGGGAGACUCCUGGAAGUGGUGAACCUACGAAUUCCUUUGGAAGGGUGAUAACGGUCAAAUUGGGUGAUUAUACAAAGAGAAUCGGGAUCGAUGCCAGUGCUGAAGCCAUCAAAGAAGCCAUCAAGUCUGCUUUCAGGCUAAGAACAAGACGUGCUUUCUGGUUAGAGGAUGAAGAAAAUGUCGUUCGGUCGCUCGACAGGGAAAUGCCCCUCGGGAACUACACUCUUCAUGUUGAUGAAGGCCUGACUAUUAAAGUUUGCAUCUUUGAGGAAAUGGACCAAAUGCCAGUACAUGCGAUGGAUAAAACUUUCUACACAGAGGAUGAUUUUCGUGAAUUCCUCACGCGCCGUGGGUGGACUUCUCUGAGAGAGUACAAUGGCUUUCGUAAUAUUGACAACAUGGACGAACUUUGCCCUGGUGCUAUAUACCGUGGAGUCAAAUGA